AUGGCGACGUCCACGCCGGUCUUCACCACAGGCACACGUCUGAAAGAUAAAGUAUGUAUCGUCACGGGCUCGUCUUCUGGUCUUGGUCGCGCAAUCGCGCUCGCGUUCGCAGCUCAAGCUACUCGUCUUGUUGUCUGCGCAGACUUAAAGCCUACACCGAAGUCAGACUUCAUGGCCGAACAAGCUGGAACGCCGACAGAAGAAGUGAUCUGUCAGCGACAUGGAGAGAGCAAAGGCAUUUUCGUAAAAACCAACGUCACAAUCGGUACAGAAGUAGAGGCCUUAGUUCAGACAGCGGUAAAAGUGGGAGGAAGAUUAGAUGUUAUGGUCAACAAUGCCGGUAUAGGAGGCACCGAGAAUCACGGAAUGGUGCACGAGAUGACGGAAGAGACUUGGGAUACUGUUAUGAGUAUCAACAGCCGCAGCGUCUUUCUUGGAUGCAAAUACGCUUGCGCCCAAUUCGUGAAACAGGCGCCUCAUUCGAGCGGCCAUAGAGGCUGGAUCAUCAACACCUCGAGCAUUAUGGGUCUAGUAGGACAAGCGGUCCACGGAGCGGCCUACUGUGCAUCAAAAGGAGCAGUAACGCUUCUGACAAAGCAGAUUGCAGUGGAAUACGCAAAGUAUAAGGUUCAUUGUAACUGCAUAUGCCCAGGACAUCUUCGUACACCCAUGACGGAAGAUCAGUAUCAAGACCAAGAGAUGAGAACAGCUAUCUCAACCUUAACACCGUGGGGAGACGAAUGGGGUGCUGCAGAGGAUGUUGCAAAAGGCUACGUGUAUCUCGCCAGUGACGACGCAGCCUAUGUAACUGGAGUGGCACUACCGAUUGAUGGUGGAUACUGUGCACAAUGA